AUGGUAGCUAGAGAUUGUUAUACCAUUUUGGGUGUUAAAUCAACAGCAACAGAUGAUGAAAUUAAAAAAGCUUAUAGAAAAAAAGCUCUUCAAUAUCAUCCAGAUAAAAAUCCGUCUGCAACAGCUGAAGAAACAUUUAAAGAAAUAAGUAAAGCAUAUGAAACAUUGAAUGAUGUCGAUAAACGUCGAACAUAUGAUUUACAACAACAAAAACCUUCAACAACAACAACAUCAACAAAAUCUGCUUCACAACAACAACAUAAACAAGAAACAUCAUUUAAAACAUCAUUUCAUGCACCCGGUCAACCACAUUUCACAUUUAAUACAUCAACAACAAAUGAUGGUUCAACAUCUUCACGUUCAGCACGUUUUCGUUUUCAUCGUAUGGGUCAAGAUCCAUUUACAAAUGUUCAUCAACGACAUUCACAUUUUAAUAAUACAUUUUUUGAUCCAUUUCGUAGACAUUUUCGUUCGCCUGGUUUUUCUUUUUUUGAUUCAACAAAUAGUCAUAUUUCAUCAGAUAAUGAUGACGACGAUGAUGGAAUUGGUGAUGAUGAAGUUGAACAUGAUCGAAAUAAUUCAACUUUUGGAUCAGAUGAUUUUGAUUUUGAUUCAGCACCACCAACACGUCGUUCUAGUCAAACACGUUUUACAACAAAAUCUCGACCAAAAUGGAACAAUAAUUGGCCAUUUGAUGAUGUUGAUGAUAAUAAAUCAUCGACAUCAUCAGAAUAUAAAUUUCCAUCAACAUUUCAACAACGUUCAAAUGUAGAUAAUCCAUUUAUGAUGUUUGAAAUGUUAACACGUGUUGUAUUUGAUAAAUUUUUUACUGAUGAUCUUUUUUGGCAUAAUAUUGAUUUAAGUGAUCCAUUGAAUAAUAAUAAUAAUAAUAAUAAUAAUAAUAAUUCUCAAGAUAUACAUUUUCCAAAUUUAAAUCAACGACAAACUGCACGGCCAACAUCAAGUCGUUUACGUAGUGCUUCACAACAAAGACCACCACCACCAACAAAUCGUACACGAAUACAUGUUAAUCAUGUACCAUCAUCAUCUAAACAAGCUAAUGAAAUGCAUUUUGAUUGGUUAGGACAUCAUCCAAGACAAAAACGAACAACAUCAUCAUCACGUUUUGAUUAUAAAGAUAGUGAUGAAGAAAAUAUCGAAGAUAAUUAUGUUUAUCAACAAGCAAAACCAACAACAAUGAAUGGUCAUCGUUUAAGACGACGUUCAAUGAAUAAUAAUAAUAAUGAACAAAAAAUUCCAGCAUGUCAAUAUUGUUUUCAGCCCUCAACAUCAAUUGAAAAUCGUUUACAACAUGAAGCUGUAUGUCUACAUCGUCCAAAUAGACCAACAGGAACAAAUUUUCGAAAUCGAACUCAUCCACCACCACCACUAUCAGCAACAAGAAAUACAAAUGAAGAUAAAUUAUUCACAUCAAAAUGUUCAUAUUGUCAUCAAGAAGUUCGUUUAACAGAUCGUCUUGAUCAUGAAGCACUUUGUAAACAAUUUGGAAUAAAACAACAAACAACAAGCAAUAGUAGUACAAAACGUUUUAAUAAUAAUAAUAAUAAUAAUUCAACAUCGAAUUCUUUUAAUGGUGAUAGUCAAUCUACUUCAAAAGUAUCGUCCGAUAAUUUAUCAAGUGGUAUUGAACAAUUACGAACAUGUACUCGUUGUCAUCGAAUAUUUCCUGUUUUAUCCGAUUUAUUUAAUCAUAUGUGUGAUGAUGAAGAUGAUUUACUUCAAACAACAUCAAUAUCAUCAUCAGAUAAACGCACCAGUGAUACUUUACUUGAUUAUAAUAAUAAAAAAACACCGUUAAAUAGUAGUUCUUUAUUCGAUAAAAAAUCUUCACCAAAUCAAAAUUCAUCAUCACCAUCAUCAUCAUCAAAGUCUUUCAAGCUCAGUCGUCAUUCAUCAUUUAAUGAUUCAUCAGGAUCUUCAUUACGUUCUAAGAAAUUAUUUUCUUCAAAUUCACCAACAUUAAAACAACAUAAAAAUUCAACAUCAAUACGUAUAUCACCAACAAAUCGUUCAAAUAAUAAUAAUAAUAAUAAUAAUAAUUCAUCAUUAGACACACAGCAUAUUCCUCUUUUUAAACGACCUUUAUUACGAGCAGAUUCAAAUAAUAUACGUCAUACGUCAUCAUCACCAUCACCACGACCAUUAUUUAAUGAUAGACAACAACAUUUAUCAAGUGCUUAUGUUUAUCUUCGAAAUCCAUCUUCACCUGUGCGUGUCAUCGCUUGA